AAGAAGAUAAAACAAAACAGAGAGAAAAAACAGAGUAAAGUAAUGAGAUGAAGAAGUGAGAGAAGGGCGGCUGAACAUAAAAAAAGAAGAAGAAGAAGAUAGAUGAUGAAGCAGAAUAUAAUGGUUUUUUAAUUUUGAAUAAACAAAGUUAAAGAAAGGGAGAAAGAUAAUAUAUAUAUAAAAAGGUGGGAGGAGGAGUAGCAGUGGUGGUGGGAAGGUGAAGAGAGGAGUGGUGGUGGUGGUGGGACUCAAAUACUAAGAAGAGAAAAACAAAAGAAAGGGGUGUUUUUUGUGUAGGCGUAAGUUUUUUUUAUUAGUUUAUUAUUAAAGGGAAAGUACAUUGAAUUUCAAGGAGGAGGAAGGAAAAAAACAGAGGAGAGAGUUUGUAGAUAGAUAGAUAGAGAGCAGCAGCAAAGCCAAGAAAGAAUGAAAGAGUUUGAGGAGAGGAAACAUGUUUAGAUCUACCCCAACAUCUUCAUUUCUUACUACUACUUUACCAAAUCCCAAAGAUCAGCUGCAAAAGUGCGUUGAAUAGGUUUCCGAGCACAAUUCGGAAGGUUUUAGAUAGGCUGCAAGCACAAGUCUGAAGGUUUUAGAUAGAUCACUUCGCCAUAUAUAUAUAUAUAUAUAAGUACAUAGUCAAGAAGUUUCAACAAGUAUGCAAGAACUAGCCAAGAAAGGGUCUGAUCCAAUUUGGUGGACUUCUUCUGGAUCCCAAAUUCCACAGAGUUGUUUGUCUAGGAGUAUAAGCAUAAACAUGGACUCCUCACCUCCAGAUUGUCGCAAUGUAAAGCAGUUAGGCUUUCAAUUACAAGACCAGGACUCAUCCUCGACCCAGUCAACUGGUCAAUCACAUCAUGAGGUAUCAAAUAUGUCGGGAGACCACUCUAAUGGGCAAUGCGUUUCCGCUCAGUCUGAUAUUACUUACGGGAAGCAAGGGGAUGCACAGAAUAAAUCAAUUCUAUCUCUUGGAACACCUGAAUUUGUUUUCCCUCAUCAAGUUGAUUAUGCCCAUUCAGUGGCUCGCCUACCCUAUCCUUAUAUUGAUCCAUACUACAGCGGCAUAGUGACUUCUUAUGGACCACAAGCUAUUAUACAUCCUCAGGUUAUGAGUGUGGCUUCUGCUCGAGUCCCACUGCCUCUUGAGCUUGCUGAAAACGAGCCCAUGUUUGUUAAUGCAAAACAAUACCGAGCUAUCCUCAGACGUAGGCAGUCACGUGCAAAGCUUGAGGCUCAAAAUAAACUUAUCAAAGAUCGAAAGCCAUAUCUACACGAGUCCCGGCAUCUUCAUGCAUUGAAGAGAGCAAGAGGAUCUGGUGGUCGUUUUCUUAACACCAAGCAGUUGCAGGAGUUAGAGAAAAACAACAACUCUAAUGGCCAAAACACCUCUGACAUGGGCUACCUGCAAUUGGGUGGAAACCGGUCAGAAAUAGAUUUUGGCGACCAUGGGGGUGCUUCCACAACAUCCUGCUCUGAUUUAACAACCUCAAAUAGUGGUGCCUUUUUUCGUCAGCAAGAUCUCAGGUUCCCAGGUUACGCUCACAUGGGAAAUGGGAACAGGCAGGACGGAGGUGGAGGGGGAAUUAUGUGCAACGGAUCCCACCAGCCUGUUCCUGUUACACAAUGAAAAACAUGGGGAGGAAAACAACUUCCGUCAGCCGCGCGGUUCACUUUGGUGCAAACAAUGUUGCAUUCUCAAAGUGGAACCGAGGAACUGGCUGGCUUGUGUUGUCCCCCAUUUGGCAAAUCAUCCUUGGCUGUGUUACUAAUUAUCAUUAUAUGAUAUCAUGUGUUUCUUUCAUUAUGUUUGCUUUUUAUUUUGAUGAACAGACAAUGAUGAUGUUGACGAACAAACGACUUUCUAGAUAACGGGAAGUCCAUGUAACUUUUUUUCUUCUUCUGGUUUUGGAACAUCCAUGUACCAACAUUAUACAUAUGUUUUUUCUAAAUUCUGUUGGUGUUCUCUCA